GCCAGAGUUUCUUCAAUCUUCUUUUACUUGUUUAUGCUUGCCAGAGAAUCAAACUCAAGAGUACUCUUAGAUUCAAGUUAGGGUUUGUCUGUGUUUUGGAAUCAAAUAACAAUUGCAUUGGAGAAAGUGGGAAACCCUCUUUUUUUGAGUCAUUGGGUUUGAUUUUCGUUUGGUUUCACGAUGAUCUAACCUGUUUUAUUUGACAAGGGGCUUCUCUUUGUGUGUGGAACUGAUCCCGGUAUUGUGUUGUUUUGGUUUAUUUGUUUGUUUUUGCCUUUCCCUUUCUAGGAUGAUGCUUUCGAUGAGCUUCACACAUCCUAUAAAUUGUUAAUGUCCUGGGCAUUGUCGACUCGGGGCUGUUUAUUCUAAUCCAGUAAAGGAAAAUCAGAGAAGGGCAUGGGUUCUACUCCGAAACAACCUUUGUUCUGCUUAAAAUGGCCGUGGGAUGUUCACCAAAAUUCUAAAAAUCCCCAUGGUUGCAGCUUUGAAACUCCUUGGCUAUUAAAAUCUUUACAAAAUCUUGGCUCUGUUGCUUUCAAUCUCUAUAGCUCUGUUUCAAGAUCCUCGUAUCCCUGGAUUAGAACCUUUAAACCCUUCCAAUUAGAUGUUGGUGUGAGCCAAAAGACUAUUUCAAAGAUGGGGAAAAAGAUUUUGACUCCCGAAGAACAAGGAGAGGCGGAGCAAAGAGCCCUGGCCUCAGCUCUAGCAAGUAGGAAAGCGGCUACGGUGAUUGAGUUCUACUCCCCCAAGUGCAGGCUUUGCAAUUCAUUAUUGGGCUUUGUCUUAGAAGUAGAGAGUAAGAAUUCUGAUUGGCUUACCAUUGUAAUGGUGGAUGCUGAGAAUGAUAAAUGGCUGCCUGAGCUCCUCCAUUAUGACAUAAGGUAUGUUCCUUGCUUUGUGCUGUUGGACAAAUAUGGGAGAGCAGUAGCAAAGACGGGCAUUCCAAACAGCCGCCUACAUGUUAUUGCCGGUGUCUCUCAUCUUCUCAAAAUGAAGCGCCCCCAGAAAAUCGAACACCAGUUUUCAACUUCGGAUCCAGAUAAUAAUUAGUUUGGAAAAUGAAUGUAAGACAUGUUUAUGGACGAUUACUGAGUCACCCUUCAUAUAUGUUAGUUGCGCUUCUACUCCCA